GUAGUCCGCAGUGGUGCUUACAUCCGGGGCGAUGUCCUAGUUGGCGAGAAAGCGGUCCUUCGUGGCGAGCUGAAGAACAGCUUGGUGAUGGACAAGGCGGAGCUUGCGCACCCAGGUUAUGCCGGCGACUCCCUGAUCGGCUACAAGGGCCACUUUGGCUGCCAGGCGCUGACCGCAAACCUCGGCCUCUUCGGGAAUCAGCUCUCCGUGAGCGUCCCCGGCGAGGAGGCGUCACACGCUCGGCCGGUUCGAGUACGGCUUGGCCGACGGAAAGUCGGAGCAAUACUUGGGGACUUUGCUCAGCUCGGCUGCUCGUCAGUGACAGAUCCAGCGACUUUCCUGGCGCCAAGAACCGUGACCUACAC